CACCCUCCUCCUCCCCCUCCGGCAGCUGAGAGCGUUUCCCCGCAGCCACACUUGUCCGUCUCAGCCUCUGCCACCUCGGGGGCUUCAUCCACUCUCUCUGUUUCGCACCAGCCCUCUGAUGCAGCUCUUUGAUCUGGUGAGCGGCAGGGAAAGGGGGAAGGGGGAAGGUAUGGCAAUGUUUUAUUUUCAGAUGAUUAACAAGCCAGGCGCGUUGGACCUUCUCGCAGUAUAAAGCUCAGCGCUCUCCCGAGUUAUUACUGCACAGCGGCCGAGAGAGAAUGGGCACUGCUUCCAAAUGAGAUGAAAGACAGUUGAAGCUGAUAAUAUCUGGCGCCCACUUGCAGCUUGCACGGAAAGUGGGGGGAAACCGGAGCACCGGGAGAAUACCUAUGUGAUCCCAAGGAGAACAUGCAACCAGCAACCUGGACAGCACCUGAGAUUAUACUCAGGAUAUAGAUACUGACACAUUCAAGACCACAGUCCAACUUUAAAGUGCAGCACAAAUGGGACACUUAUGAAGAAAGGGAUGAAAAAACGUCAUGAGUUACCGGAUGUCCCGAGUACCUACUGUUAGCAUUACGAGCCACUACGAGACAUCCACGAACUCCUACGGACCCGCUACGGACAUUCUCCGAGGUCGAAUCGGGAAAAUUCGGGAGAACCCGUGAAUUACCUGAUAAAGAAUACUCUGGAAAAUAUGAUACAAGCAACAAUUAUGAUAUGAACAGCAACAUAUAAAGAAGACGAAUCAUAUCAAGAUUUCCCUGCAGUCUGUAACAUCCAAUGGCAAAAAAUAGUUAUUUCCUUACAAUAUGGAAUAUUUUGCAUCUGUAAAUUUAAUGUUAGUGUAUGAAUGUAAUAGCAUUAAGUUUUUGCCCAGAAGGGAAUGAGUGACAUUUUCACAAUGAUUGGAUGUAAUAGCACUCUUUUAGAGAGAUGUAUCCCAGAGAUUUUAAAUGCGACCAAUCCACUUGUGAAUUCAAGCAAGACAAAUCUUCACAUCUUUAUAAGGAUAAUAUUAGCAGUAGUGAUGAUGUCAAUGAUUGCAAUUGGUUUCUUUGGCAAUGCAAUAGUGUGUUUAAUUGUGUACCAGAAACCUGCAAUGCGCUCAGCUAUCAACCUGCUCUUGGCCACCCUUGCAUUUUCUGACAUUAUGUUAUCGUUGCUGUGCAUGCCUUUCACCACAAUCACCAUCAUUACAGUCGAAUGGAUGUUUGGAGGUUACUUUUGCCGGAUAUCUGCGAUGUUUUACUGGUUCUUUGUCCUGGAAGGCGUGGCGAUACUUCUGAUCAUCAGUGUUGACCGUUACCUAAUCAUUGUGCAGCGACAAGACAAGCUGAACCCUCAUCGUACCAAAGUGAUGAUUGCCAUUUCAUGGGCAGUCUCCUUCUGUAUCUCCUUUCCAUCGGUGGUUGGCUGGACUGUGGUGGAGGUACCUACUCGGGCACCCCAGUGUGUCCUGGGCUAUUCAGAGACAUGGGCCGACCGUGUUUACGCAGUGUUCUUGCUGGUGACCAUUUUCUUUGUUCCUUUCAGCGUGAUGCUGUACGCCUACCUCUGCAUUCUGAACACAGUGCGAAGAAACGCAGUACAGAUCCACAACCACACGGACAACCUCUGCUUAAAUCAAGUCAGCAAGCUGGGACUGAUGGGCGUGCAACGUCCUCAUCGAAUAAAUGUUGACAUGAGCUUCAAAACCCGAGCCUUCUCGACGAUUUUAAUCCUCUUCAUCGGCUUUUCAUUUUGCUGGAUGCCCUACACGGUGUACGGUCUCCUUUCUGUAUUCAACAAAAACUUUUACCACAGUCAAUCCUUCUACGCCAUUAGCGCCUGGUUCUUGUGGCUGACUUACCUGAAGUCGGUCUUCAACCCCAUUAUCUACUGUUGGCGGAUCAAGAAAUUCAGGGAGUCUUGUGUGGAAUUUAUGCCGAAAACGUUCAAAAUCCUACCAAAGCUGCCUGGGAGGACAAAACGGAGAAUCCGUCCCAGUACAAAUUAUAUUUGUAAUGAUCUUCAGUCAGCCGUAUAAAUUAAACUUUUGUACAAUGUCUUUAGAAAACAUUAGAAAGUAGAAUAUUUUCCUGUGAUGUGCACUUGCCAUUCAUUGUACAAAACUGAUCUGCUCUUCUCAGGACUAGUUGCUACCAUUAUUGCAAUUUAUUAAUAUUGCUGGACUCUUUAUCAGUGUUUACAUAAAUGUGUUACCUGUACAAUUAUUCUUCUAGUUACAUUACAAAGACUCAUUGAAAGCAA